UAAAGCUGGGUGCCUGGGGCCCUAGCACUAUCAUGGGGGUGUCCUGAGCUGAAGCAGGGUGUUGGGUCACUGCUGCUGCCACCAUUGUCACUGCUGUGUCAGCUCUGGGUAACCUCUUGUGACUGGACAUCCAGGGCUGUUGAGCUGUCUGCCAUCUCAAAACCCAGCUGUGAGCCAGCGUGGCGGGGGCUGUGCAUGGAAGCCAGGAGCUGGGCUCCCAGAAGGCAACGGUGCCCGCCGGGGAUCAUGCUGCUGGCCUUUGCCUCUGUGCUCAGCUGCCUGCUCAUCUCCAGCCAGGCCAGGGUCUACAGUCGCUGUGAGCUGGCCAGAGCACUCCAGGAUUUUGGCAUGGAGGGAUACCGGGGAUACAGCAUGGCUGACUGGGUCUGUCUUGCUUACUUCACAAGUGGCUUCAACACAGCUGCUGUGGACCAUGAAGCUGAUGGGAGCACCAACAAUGGCAUCUUCCAGAUCAACAGCCGGAAGUGGUGCAAAAUUCUCAGCCCAGAUGUUCCCAACCGGUGCCAGAUGUACUGUUCUGACUUGCUGAAUCCUAACCUGAAGGAUACUGUCAUCUGUGCCAUGAAGAUAGCUCAACAGCCCCAAGGGCUGGCCAGCUGGGAGGCCUGGAGGCAUCACUGCCAGGGAAAGGACCUCAGCGACUGGGUGGAUGGCUGUGACCUGUAGGAUCCUAUGUGGAUGGACCAGGCCAUGCAGAGCAGGCUGGGAGAUGUGGUUUGGUUUCUGAUGCAGGCUUGAGAAGACAAGCCAACCAAUAAAGUGUGGUUUAACCUAA